CCGUCGGCUGUUUGAUUGCGUCAGCAUGCAGGCUGCCGGCAGUGUCCGUUAAAACACUUAAACCCUAAUUCCCCCUGUUCUACAUCUUCCUGCAUUCUGCAAACCUUAGACGCUCUUUAAUGGCUUCUCAACCUUCGAAUAGCAAGAAGAAGCAGAAAAAAUCUAAAAAGCGAGCCCGAGAGGACUCUGAACUACUCGAGCAUCUCGACUCACUUCCAUGGAAUUCUUCGCUCCCUGAAAACGAUGACGCAUUCUCCCAUCUCUUCGGUGACGAUGACCUCGGAGGAGGAUUUUUAUCGCUGGAGGAGGUUGAUGAAACAACAUACGGAUUGGAGAUUCCAAAGUCGAGUGGAGGAAAUGAGGAGCCAAAAUCCAAAGGAAAGCCAAAAACAAAAAAGCAGAAAAUUAGUGAAAGUUAUGAUGAUUCCAAUGGUGAGGAGGGAGAUGAUAAAGCUGAUGAGGAAAUAAAACAAAAGAAAAAGAAAAGAAGUAAGAAGAAGAAGGGUAGCCUGGUGAAUAAAACAGAAGAAAAUACAGAAUUAACAGCUGUUUCCAACAACAAAAAUGAUGAUGAAGAGGAUUCAGUAGAUGAGACUGAAUUUUAUGCAUGGAGUGAAAUGAGACUUCAUCCCCUGCUUAUGAAAUCAAUAUACAGACUGAAUUUCAAGGAACCCACACCAAUACAGAGAGCUUGUAUUCCUGCAGCUGCUCAUCAAGGAAAGGAUGUUGUAGGUGCUGCAGAGACUGGAUCUGGAAAAACACUUGCAUUUGGUUUACCCAUUCUUCAGCGCCUUCUUGAAGAGAAAGAAAAAGCUGACAGACGUAUUGAAGAAAAUGGGGAGGUAGAUGAAAAAAUAGCUCCUAGAGGUCUUCUUCGGGCUCUAAUUGUUACUCCUACAAGAGAGCUUGCACUUCAGGUCACUGAUCACAUCAGGGAAGUAGCAAAACACACCAAUAUUAGGGUCAUUGCUAUUGUUGGUGGCAUGUCUACUGAAAAGCAAGAGAGACUAUUGAAAAGAAGACCUGAAAUUGUGGUCGGGACUCCUGGGAGGCUCUGGGAACUUAUGUCAAGUGGAGAAGUUCAUCUUGUAGAGCUACAUUCAUUAUCAUUCUUUGUGCUGGAUGAGGCUGAUCGCAUGAUAGAAACUGGGCAUUUUCAAGAGUUGCAGUCCAUAGUUGACAUGCUUCCCAUGGCUAGUAGAUCAACUGAUGGACAUUCUAUGGAAACACAGAAUUGCAUAACAGUUUCAAGUGUCCAAAGAAAGAAAAGGCAGACUUUUGUCUUUUCUGCAACUAUUUCCCUAUCUGCCGAUUUUCGGAAGAAGCUGAAGCGUGGAUCACAAAUUUCAAAGUCUAAUGAUGAGUUGAAUUCAAUUGAAAAUCUUUCAGAGAGAGCAGGAAUGCGAGCAGAUGCUGCUAUUGUUGACCUAACAAAUGCAUCAAUAAUGGCAAACAAGCUUAUGGAGUCAUUCAUUGAGUGCAGGGAAGAAGAUAAAGAUGGAUAUUUAUAUUAUAUCUUGAGUGUUCAUGGGAAAGGGCGCACAAUUGUUUUCUGUACAUCUGUUGCAGCAUUACGCCAUCUUGCCUCAAUGUUGCGCAUCCUUGGCAUCAAUGUUUCGACACUUCAUGCCCAGAUGCAACAGCGGGCACGACUAAAGGGAAUCGAUCGUUUUCGCUCGAAUGAAAAUGGCAUACUUAUUGCUACUGACGUCGCAGCCAGAGGCCUUGAUAUUCCCGGUGUUCGAACUGUUGUUCAUUACCAGCUUCCACAUUCAGCUGAGGUUUACGUUCAUAGAAGUGGAAGAACUGCCAGAGCUUUCUCUGAUGGGUGUAGUAUUGCCCUAAUCUCUCCAAAUGAUGCAUCAAAGUUUGCUUCCCUAUGCAAAUCCUUUGCUAAGGAAAGCUUCCAGCGUUUUCCUGUAGAGAUAUCAUACAUGCCGGAGGUCAUGAAACGAUUAUCCCUUGCACGCCAAAUAGACAAAAUUCUUAGGAAAGACUCUCAGGAUAAGGCCAAUAAAACUUGGCUUGAACGACAUGCUGAAUCAGUUGAGUUGGAAUUGGAGAAUGAUGAUAGUGAGGAGGAAAGGGUAAACAAUUUUAAACAAAAGAGAGCCACUUCUUCUCAAUUAAAGAACCUGCAGCAGGAACUGAAGUCUCUUCUUUCUCUCCCAUUACAACCCACGACAUUUUCAAAUCGCUUUUUGGCAGGGGCUGGGGUUUCUCCUCUCCUGCAGAACCAAUUAGAGGAACUAGCUAAGCUGAAACAAGGCAAAAUAAGUAAUACUGUAGACGGUCAAAGGAGGAAACUGGUGGUUAUUGGGCAAGAUUGUGUGGAACCUCUCCAGGCACUUCGAAGUGCUGGUCCAGAGGUACAUCUGGAUUUGAAGGAGAUUGCAGAAAAGCGGAAAAACAUAGACAACAUAAGGAGAAAGAGAAAAGAAGCGAAAAAACGUCAGCGUGAGCAACGUCGAAAGCAGAGGAAAAAGUCUAAAGGUGCAAACGACUGAAUGAGUAAAAAUCCACGGGGGACUUCAAACCCAAGAGCUAACAACAUAGAGCAAUUGGCCAAUUUUGUAGCAGUACUAAUCAUAAGGUGUGGUGUAUCCUUUCCUAAUGUUAUAUUGUUACGAGUAUUUGUCUGCCAUAAAUGGUGAAGAGUCGAUUUUUCCGAUAUGUAAAAUGUCUUUAUAUGGGUGAGUUAAAGUGUGCUUCACUUAUUUGUCAAACUUAUUAAUUUAUGAAGGGGAACUUGAUGAUUGAUUAAGUAA